AUGAAGUAUAAUGAGGAAGACAACCGUAGGUUACCUGACAGCGGCAGAAUUCUGAACGGAAAGUUCAGCGAUAAGUGGAUAGUGACAACUGCAACCGCUGCUCCCAACGACAACGUCAAGUUUCUGGCACAAAUACCGGGCUGGAAGGUCGUAGUCGUCGGCGACAGAAAGUCUCCGUCUCAGUGGUCACACAAGGGAUGUGUGUACCUGGGUCCCAAGGACCAGACCCUCCUUGGCUUCAGCACGGCGCCACAUCUGCCCAGGGACAGCUACGCCAGGAAGAACAUCGGCUACCUGUACGCCAUCGCCCACGGUGCCAAGGUCAUUUACGAGACUGACGACAACCACCGACCAACUGGCAAUCUCACAGAGUUCAUCCUCAAGCCAAACACGACCGGCUUGCGUUAUGGUGGCAUUAACAUGUUCAAUCCUUAUAAUCACUUUGGACAGCCUACUGUAUGGCCUCGCGGGUACCCCCUCAGUUCGGUCGGGGACAACGCCUCUCUUAGCUACGUCCUCGACGACUGGACGACUCCAUCUAUACAACAAGGGCUCGUUAACGGUAGUCCGGAGGUGGACGCAAUCGUUCAGCUCACGAGAACAAGGAAGCAUUUAGCCCCGAACAUAACCUUUGACGUCAUAGCGCCACCUGCGUUUGUUCCCAGUGGUGUGUUUUCAACGCUCAAUUCCUAUAACACUCUAUUUACCUAUAACGCUUUCUGGGCACUUCUGAUACCUACGACCAUACCAAGCUUCGUCAGUGACAUCUGGCGGGGAUAUUGGGCACAGAGACUCCUUUGGGAGAUGGGGGGCAGCAUUGGCUUCUUUCCACCGAACAGCUUCCAGGAGCAUAACAACGAAACGAACUUAGCCGAUGCUAACUUGGAGCAUGAGAUGUAUUUCAAAUCUGAGAAACUGCUCGAAUUUCUCAGAAAUUGGAACUGUAAUCCCCGAAACUCUUUCUUCGACUGUGUGAUAGCGUUGUCUGACGACAUGGCAAGACAGAAGUUUUGGAGAAAGGCAGACGCAGAAAUCAUUCGUCAUUGGCUGCAAGAUCUGAGAACAAUGGGUUAUGAGGAGCCUAAAAGGAUUCCAUAUUCCAAACGGAAGCAACACACACAUACACGGCAUAGGAAACGGCGGAAAUCUUCCCCGACCAAUGUCCAGUUUGUGCCAGAAGUUCAAGUUCCACCUGGAGUGGACGCCACCGCGUCCAGUGAGCUUCUGCAUCACUACUUGGCAAAUGUUAACCAGAUCUGUCCCAGACUGGACAUCAGGCCACCCCGUGGAACCCAUACAACUUUCAGUAGCAUCGUUCUGAUUAUCGUCCUCAAAGAGCCGGGCCACUAUGGCAAUGUCAGAACGUACGAAGCUCUGUACGGGUUCCAGUUCACACACAUCGUAUACUGUGGCGCAAAGUUUAAUAAGAUCUAUAAAACACCGACGUUAAAGGUCACGACUGUAGAGGUUGACGUCCACAAAGGAACAUUUGCCCAAAAUUGUUUAAUCAAAACGAUGGAGAUGAACUACGGAGCCGGCGGGUACCUCUUGGUAUCCGAGGACACUCUCCUCCACGUGUGGACGCUCGGAGUACUGCCUCAAGACAGGAUCUGGUUCAUCAAACCGGUGUCUCAAGAUACAAGCAGAAGUCCACGGUACAAGUAUCAGUCUAGGAUCAACGCAAGAUCAUUCAUGAAGGCCAUGAUAGAACUGGAACAAACCAACAAGACGAUGUAUACCGCAUUCAAGAGAAGACUCGGUGACAAUCGCAACCACGCCAGGGACGACACCUACAUCUCCCAAGUAUCCGACAUCGUCUACGUGCCACAGAGAUACAAACUCGAGUUCAUGUUCCUUUCGAAUCUUCUGACAAGAAACGGCCUGCCUGUCGAGAUAACGAUCCCCACGGUCAUCAGCGGGAUUGAAGACCAACGGAACGUUUACUACCUCGACGGUCGCCAUGUGACCCGUGCUCAAGGCAGUGCGCUGCAACAACAGUUCCACAAGAAUUUCAAUUACAUUCAUCCAGUUCAAAUUGGUCAGGUCAUGAAAACAGCUGAAGGGGUCGAGUUCUUUUGUAAGACCUUCAUCCCGUUGGCUCUAGGGAGUUGAGCUGUUGGCUGUGUGUAAUAGGGUAUUUGUAGGGAGAACAUAAUGGACGUAAACUUGAAUAUGUAUCAGAUACAAUGUAUUGCAUGUACAGAAGACGUCCAUCCCGCUGGCUUUAGAUCAUUAAGUUGUUGGCUGUCCACAAGAGGUUGGAAUGAUGUGUUGGUUUAAAAUUGUGAAUCUAAGUUCAACUGAGACCCCUUGUAACAAGGUAAAUUUGGGGCAAUAUUUUGCAUAAAUACACAAUCCAAUUUAGAAAGUGGUCAAA